CUGAGUGUGUCAAGUGUUUCCCCUUACACCUGCAGGAUCGGCCGGCUUCUUCCCGAGGAGAGGUCCAUGGCGUGACGUGCCGCCCUGCCGAGCCCUGCUGAGCCCUGCCGCCCUGCUGAGCCCUGCCGAGCCCUGCUGAGCCCUGCCGCCCUGCUGAGCCCUGCCGAGCCCUGCCGCUGCAGCUUGGCUGCGAUGACCGAGUAGGAGGCCGCCCGCCAGGGCAGCCGCGGCCACCCUGCAGCAUGAACGGCGAGGAAGAGUUCUUCGACGCUGUCACAGGCUUUGAUUCUGACAACUCCUCCGGGGAAUUUUCCGAGGCAAAUCAGAAAGUCACCGGGAUGGUUGACCUGGACAGGAGCAGGAGCGGGAGGACUGGGAAGGCUGGGGAGAGGCCCCCUCCAGAGAACGGAAUUCAGAAACACAGGACCUGCCUGCCCGCCCCGAUGUUCACCCGGAGCGACUUCAGCGUCUGGAGCAUCCUGAAGAAGUGCAUUGGCCUGGAGCUGUCGAAGAUCACGAUGCCCAUCGCCUUCAACGAGCCCUUGAGCUUCCUGCAGCGGAUCACAGAGUACAUGGAGCACGUGUACCUCGUGCACCAGGCCUCCCGGCAGCCCCAGGCCCUGGACAGGAUGCAGUCCGUGGCUGCGUUUGCGGUGUCGGCUGUGGCUUCCCAGUGGGAGAGGACGGGCAAACCCUUCAACCCGCUCUUGGGAGAGACGUACGAACUCGUCAGGGAGGACCUGGGGUUCAGGUUCAUAUCCGAGCAGGUCAGUCACCACCCGCCCAUCAGCGCGUUCUACUCGGAAGGUCUCAGUGAAGACUUCGUGUUCCACGGCUCCAUCUACCCGAAGCUGCGGUUCUGGGGGAAGAGUGUGGAGGCCGAGCCCCGCGGGACCAUCACACUGGAGCUCCUCAAACAUAAUGAAGCCUACACCUGGACCAACCCCACCUGCUGCGUGCACAACGUCAUCAUCGGGAAGCUGUGGAUUGAGCAGUACGGGACUGUGGAGAUCCUGAACCACAGAACUGGAGACAAGUGCGUGCUGAACUUUAAACCCUGCGGGCUGUUUGGAAAAGAGCUUCACAAAGUGGAAGGGCACAUUCAGGACAGAAACAAGAAGAAGCUGUUCGUGAUCUACGGCAAGUGGACGGAGUGUCUGUGGGGCAUCGACCCCGCCGCCUACGAGUCCUUCAGGAAGCAGGAGCGGAGAGGCGAGCCCCGGCGGAAGGCCAGGCAGGGUGACGGUCCGGAGAAGGCAGACAGCGACGAGGUGGACGAUGUGCCCGCGGCUCAGGAGACGGUGCAGGUCAUUCCUGGCAGCAAACUGCUUUGGAGGAUCAACACCCGGCCCCCCAACUCCGCGCAGAUGUACAACUUCACCAGCUUCACCGUGAGCCUCAACGAGCUGCAGACGGGCAUGGAGAAGACCCUGCCCCCCACGGACUGCCGCCUGCGCCCUGACAUCCGAGGCAUGGAGGACGGCGACAUGGAUCUGGCCAGCCAGGAGAAGGAAAGGCUGGAAGAGAAGCAGAGAGAAGCCCGCAGGGAGCGCGCGAAGAACGAGGCGGAGUGGCGGACACGGUGGUUCUACCCGGGCAGCAACCCCCACACCGGGACGCCCGACUGGCUGUACGCGGGCGAUUACUUUGACCGCAACUUCUCCGACUGCCCGGACAUCUACUGAGGGCGGGGCCUGGGCCGGCGCCCGCGAGUGUGGACCCCGGCGCCGCCCGGCCGAGGCCGCCGUUCCCGGUAGCUCCCGUUUGCCAGACACUCGCGCUGCUGCACCGGCGCCCCCGGGCGGGGAGUGGACGGCGACAGCGCCUUCGCGCGGCCUUGCGCAGCGGCCGGCCGGCGGGCCGCGUCCCUACAGCUGUGGGACAGGUGAACUGACGCCCGCGGGUGUGGAUCCCGAGCGAGGCUGGGCCGGGGCCGCCCUGGCGACGGGCAGGUGAGCUUUCCAGGGCGGUGUCAGUCUGUGUCAGCAGUCCUGCGGCGGUCACUUCGGGCUGCCUGGGAAGUCCCCAGGGCCGUCUCAAGUGGGAGGGGCCGGGCUCCGGCCACGCCUGUCGCCGUGGGCCACGCUGCCCUCGGGGGACGGGAUUCUGGCAAACUCCGCGCCGUGUCCGGCUGCACGCGUCCGAUGUCAGCCAUGUGCUGUGCCGUGUGAGAGGCAGAAGCGGCGUCUCACCCGGUGUGAUGAAAGGUGUCCAGCACACACGGCUGCGUCCGUCCCGGCGGCCGUCCUGACCGCGUAACCGAGUGUAGGGAGCAGCGUGGACCCCAUAGGUGGUGGUGGAGCUCUGGACCAAGGCAGCCUGCUGUGUGCACGCGCACACGCACGCACACGCAUCACACGCGGGCACGUGCGGGCACACCACCUCACAGCUGUCAGCAUCGUCGCUGUCCAGCCCAGCAGGGCGCUGUCGCUGUCCACUCUUCACAGUGUCGUUUGCAAUUAAAACACUUUUGGAGUGAA